AUGAAUAUCGAAUUAGAGGUCUAUGAACAUAGCGAUCGGGUAAGUUCUUCCUGAAACUGAUUUGACUUCUUCUAUCUGAACGCUAUGUUCACGAUUAGCCCACCGAAAAGUAAACACAAAAUGAGAAUAUUUCCCUGCUCUAUACGUAUUAUAUUAAUGAAAUCAAUAAUACUUGAAGGUUCUCGCUGGGUUCCUCGUUCUCACCAUAUUGCUACGUCUAAUGUUCGCCAAAUCGAAGCACAUGAACGACUCUGUGAUCGAAAAUGAAGUUCUCAACAAAGUCGGAUACAAAGUGGAAGAUCUGGAGCUCAAAGUUAAUAUAUUGACCUACAAAAUGCAGUAUGGCGCUUGGCCUUUGCCUCAUCAAAUCCACAAAUCGAACUUCAGAAAGAAUCUCCGAAAUCUUCGACUAACCCUGUCCAAUCCCAACGAUCGCAACGAAUGGAUAAAACACGUGCUACUAAGGUAUCAAACAAGCUGCGAAAAGGAGAAGAGAGCAGUGUUUUCCAAAAUUUUAUGUAACGAAACAAAGUACAAACUAUUUCCUGUUGGAAAACACUAUCGUGGGAAACAGGAGUUUCCAUUUUAUCAGAAUCUUGCAUCUUUAGUCCCAGAAGAAACGAGUCGUACGUUUCGUGUCCAAAGUACAAUUAUCCUUCGGGGAAUCGUUUGACGGAACUGUUCGACGCGAAGAAGAAAACCGUGUACCUUCGGCGCGAUGCCUUGGCACUGGAGCAUAGCAGUAAAUCUUCGAAGAGUAGCAGCGAGAAAUCUUUAAAGUACAAUUACACGCACUAGAUGCAACUUCUGUAAAUCCCAUCGAUAUUCUAAGCUGAUUGUGCUUACAGGCUGAAUUCCGCGUUUAAGAGGGCGACCAGUCAAAAGCAGCGCAAAAUAUCGAAAAGCGAAAAUUUCAAAGUGCAGAGCAGAAAAGCGUUCUCGUCUGCGCUUUGUUCAAGAAAUAGAAAUAGCAAAUCGGCUAGCCAGGUCUACAAAGCUGUUGAGACUGACAAAGAAACCUGGCCUUGUAAGAAAUUUAUAAAAAGCUUGGACGAGUGCAAACGAUAUCUGAAGGAGUUACACGAUAGCAAUAAAAAUCUGGGAUUAGUCUGCAGCUCAUCAGAAAUCAGUGACGAGUCGUCAAAGAAAAAUGUGUGGGCGGAAACGGAGGUAAAUAUGGAUAACGCGCAGUGGCGCAUUUUAUACCUUCACGGACCCGAGACAAAAUAGAAUUUAGGCACUUUAUCUGAAAAAUAAAAAUAAAAAGCAUGUUUAAAUUAAAUUUAAUUUCGUUGAGACAAUAAACAGACAAAUUACAUAAUAUAAGAGAAAUACUACUUCAUUAAGACUUUGAUCAGUGAUGGUAAUAUUUAUUUACUUUAAUUAAGAUAAAGCGUCACUGAUGUUGUGCUAAAAAAAAUUAUUAUAUCGCUAUCGGUUAUGUUACAGCAGCGUGUCCAACAAAACGAUAUACUUGGCGAAAAAUUCGAAGAAAUCAAACCGAACGUGAAUGAAACAAACGCGGGUCAAGAAAUAAAUUUAAAAGGAACAGAUUUGAAUCAACAGAACAAAGCAAAUUGUCUGAAGCUAUCAAAUGCAAUGUACCCGGUUUUAAAAUUACUCGAUAAACAUUUGAGACCCUCAAAAAUGAAUAUAACAUUCUGCACAGAGGUGUUUUCUCGGCAAUCGGCUUCAAAUAUGUUGAUACCGCAGUGUGAACAGCAGAAAUAUAUGGGAACGUCUCAAGAAACUUUAUAUCAAGUGAAGAAGAAGCUGGAAAGUUUGCACAACGUGUUACGAAUGUACGAGACACAAAAUCCUGAUACACGGGGAAUAGACAGAGAACAAGAAACCAGCAAGAAAAUAAACAGCAUUUGUCAAAAUAUGAUGGACACGCUUGUUUCGGUUACAACAGAAGUCGACAACAGGAACGAGAAAAGACAAAGUCGGGUAAGUUUUGAUACCGAUACCAAAGGAAAUUCUGACGAAACGCAACAAACCGUCUACAUCAGUUCUGAACAAUACGAAAGUGACGAAAUGGGCAGAAGUUCCGAUUUAUCCAUUCAAAAUUAUUCCAACAUGUUCAAUACGCGUUAUCCACGAAACAUCAACGAUAUUCACUGGUCGCUUCUAAACAAAUCUGACAAUAAAAUAUAUUCUCUGAACGAUCAAAAGUCCGACGAAGACAAUGGGUAUCCCUUUGCUAUUAAGUACGAUAAAAUUCCUGAAAGAGUAUAUUAUACCAUUUCAUCCGAUUUCUUUGAUGAAAAAAAUAUUCGCAAGGAAAAAGCUGUGACAGAGAAUUAUACGUUACCAGACAUAUACACUGAAAGCAAUCAAGCAGAAUCAGUUAGCAUCUCUAAUCAGCAUACUGUUUCGAUGGAAACCGAUGAAGAUUUGAUAAUACUAUCACCAACCUCGAGCCGUACAGAAAGAUCUAAGGACAGCGAAUCCGACGAUAAAUCUACAGCACUGUUACUUCAAGAAGCAUUAGAAUUCAAAAAAGCACUGCUCACACGCGUUGAACUCGAGAAAACAUGUUACAUUGACGACAAGGAUGAAAAUAUGAAUAAUGAAUCUCUAUCAGAAUAUAGUAAAUGUUCUUACGUUAACAAUAAUCUCCAGUCCAAGUUUUUGGAUAUAAUAUCAGAGGAACAAUCUGUUAGUAGCUCCACCGACAGGACAAACCGAACUUACAUGUUUUUCAAUGUAAAGCAGGACAAACAAUUACCAUGUACAUCAACAUUCGACAAUAAUAUACCAGACUUUACACAUCAAAAUACAAUUGAGGAUCGGAAUACAUGCAGCGAAUAUUUUGACUCGACACAGAAUCUUUCUUCGUCUUCCAAAUACUUCAGUGUUAGUAACAUAUCGCAGGAAAGGAAUGGAAUUAACGAUAAUAAGUUAUCCGCAGAAAUAGUUCCAAAUAACUCACGAAUAAAAUAUUCAAAUCAUCUUUCGGGUAAGUUCGAUGAAAAACUUGUAGAAAAGAAAUUUAUAAACUGUUUAAAAUAUGUUGAAGGAAAUAUAAAAGGGCACAAAAUAUGCGACAAUGAUGUAAACGAAAGAGAGGAUUCUGAAACACAAUUCUUACGUAUGAAUAAUACAGACGAGUUUAUAGAUCAUAACAUCGAUAGCGUGGAAUUGUUUUCACAAAAUUUAAACGAAAGCCUAUUCGACGAGGAGAAUCAAAAUCUACAUAAAAAUGAAGGUUGCAAUUUCCUAGACUCCGAUUCUUUGAAACAGUGUACAAAUGUAUUAUCUACGAAAAGUAUGGAAAACGAUUUGAGAGAAAAAUUAAAUUUAACGGAUGAUGAGAAAGACAUGGAAGGCAAUGAAACUUUAACAUCUGGUCCAAAUUUGAGUUUAAGAAGACAUCCUGGUACAUGUUCACUAAUUGAGCAAACACUAGUAACAAAUAUUAAAAAUACAGCAGAAAGACAUAUAAUAGAAAAUGUAGAUGCAAUAUAUGAAUCAUCGCCCUCUGAAAGUAAAGAAAAUUCAAUUGAGACUAAUUUAAUACAGGAUUCUUUAACAUCCAAUCUAAAUAAUGGCUCAAACAAUGCUAAAAUUGCAGAAUCUCCGCCUAUAACACUACUGAUUAAUACAUCGGCAGACGAUGAGGAGUUAAAUUUUAAUUGGCCGGAUAGUAAAAACAAUUUUAGGGAUGAUCAUGUGAACUUAGAAGACGCAGAGACACUUUCAACGAGUACAGUAACUCUUAAAAAAUAUGAUUAUGUAGACAUAGAAACAAAUAAAUACAGAGAAACAAAAAUCCAUUGUAACCAGGAUGAUACGUUUAAAGAUGAACAGAAUAGUUCAGUUCAAGGAAAUUCGUUUGCAUACUUAGGUAACGAAAAUUCGAUUAACGAGACAGAAUUCUGUAAAUCUUAUUCUAAUCUCAUUUCGCCGCACAGUAGUUUGUAUUUUACAGACGAAGCUUCGAGUUCUGUCGUUAAAUUGAAUAAUACACACUCGAAUCAUUCUGAAAAUAAUUUACAUUCACAUUCAAACGUACAAGCAAUCACUAAAAAGGUAUACUACCCAGAUGAAAAUUCAAAAGACUCGAGAAACAAACAAGAUAUUGAACCAAAAUUAUCAAACUCUGAUGCUAAAACAAAUAAUAAAACUGAUAUAUUCUCCUCCGAAGAUUAUAUAGAAAAUCGGAAUAUACCACUAGUUGAAGAAAGGGAACAAACAUCAAAAAAAGGAAAUGAAGUCUCAAAUAAUAAAAUUUCGACUUUGAACAUGCAUAAUAAUAAUCAUACUUUAAUAUCGCCAAAAAAUAUAAAUACCGACGACAAAGUACAAUCGAAUACAUUAAGAAACAAAUUAUAUAGUUUCAAUGUAGGCCAAAAUAUGUUUGUGUCAAACACAUUAUCAUGUCAAAUUUCUCCGAGGAAAAAAAAAGGAAAUACGACAAUGAAACGAGGAAAUACAAUGAUAAAGUCAAGGAGUCAAGAAAAUUACAUUUUGAAAGCUGAAAAGCUUAAGAAAUCAGCUGGUUUACAAAAUGUAAAAGGAUUAAAAUCAAAUUUGUUAGGUACUGUUCAUACUAAAACAGAAAGUAAUACAACUCCAACAUGUGUAAGAGUCAGAAAUUCGUCUGUCGAAGCUAAACGCAAUAAAGAACAUAACAUUAAACUAGACAAAAAAAGGUCUCAAUCGCAAAUCGCUUUUCGAUCAAAUGCAUCAGCAAAUCACGUUACAUCACAGUCAUUUGAAUCCCCAAGGAAUGCAAACACGAUAAAUCACGCUCAUUCUUUGGAAACCAAAUUAAAGACUCGCGCGAAACCAUUAUUACUAACACCUAAAACCUCUUCAAAAUCUUGUAUACCAGUUCUAAAAAGCCGAUUGGAAGCGGCGCGGCGAUCAGAAAAUGAAACGAGACCUAAAAGUCCAGUAAGAGGACCGCUAACAAUGACUAUGCUUUGGAGGGACAAUUUGUGUAGUAAAAACGAGAAUGUAAUGGAAGAAUCUAUUAAACUAGAAGGCAAAUCAGAAAAUAAUGAAUAUACGGAUGAAAUAAACAGCUAUGGUGAAAAGACAGAUGAUAGUAAGAAUCAUACUGACAAGCAAGACUUGAUGAAAGCAUCAUAUACUAUACAAAAUUUAAGUGAAAACAUUGACAGUAAUAUUUCUCCUCAAGAUCAAAUGGUAAUAUAUGUUCACAUAUACACAAAAUAUGAUAAAAAUGCAGCAAAGAUAAUAGAUCCGAACAAAUUCUUGGAAUACGUUAAAAACAGAGAGCUAAACGAAUACAAAGAAAAUCAAUCUAAUAAAACGGAUGUAACAUUUUCAGCGGACUCGAUAGAAAAAGAAAAAAGUAUAAUGAACAAGAUUGUUACCAUCGUUUCUUCUAUCAUAAAUGGUAAUGAAUUAGACGAAAAUAUAUCGCCUGAUCCAUCUACACCGUUAACAAAGAGUGGAUUGUUAGCUGAUACUUUAUCAAACCCAAAAUUAAAACAUAUAUGUGUUCUUUCCGUUGAGCAAAGAGAAAUUGAUGUUACCGCUAAACCAUCUGUAAUCGACACGAGUACAUCAAUUUCGGAUUUAGAAAAGGUUUCAGGAACAUCGGAAAGCGUAUUAAAUAAGUUUCAAAUAUGUGGAACACCUAAAGAAUUAAACAAUGACGAAUACAUGGCGCUCCUUGAAAUUCUCCAUCAGGAGCCGAACAUUGUACAUUUACAAGAAUUGCGAAACAUCUGCAAGAAGCUUGUAUCAGAAUAUCAAAAACCUAAGCAACACUCAAUGCAUUUAUAAAAUUCACAAUUAAUUAUCGGAACUAUAUUUUUGUAAUAUUCUCCUUUUAUUUUCUAAUACAGGGUGUGUACUUCAUUUAAUUAUAUUACUAUGUAUAUAUUUACGCAUUUGGUAAUAAAGAUAUUUUUACACGAUACUUGAUCAAAGAUAUGGAAUACGAAUCGAUUAUCUAUUUCUACGAAAAAUAAACA